AUGAUCAUCAAUUACAUCUCAUAUUUUGUCCGCUAUGUUUGGGAAACGUUCAAAUCAGUAUGCCAUACCACGAAGACAGUUUUCUUGUUUAUGCUUCCAUUCUACGCUCUCACAGUAUUACUCGGACUCAUCCAAGGACCCAUCGUUGCCCAAUGGUAUGCAGGCAGCUCCAAGGAGCUAGCUCGCCUCCUUAUUGAGAACCUCUACGACAUCAAAAUACUUGAGUUUGUCGGAGACGCCGCUGACUACAGCUUCUUCGAUGGUUUUAGCCCAGUAUAUGGAAUAUCGCAGAUCCAGAGCCCGCUUAAUUGGAUCUCUCAUCUGGGACUCAGUAGACCUAGGGACUGGAGCACAAAAGACGUUGAAGAUAUGGCAAGCCUAGACGAUCUGUAUUUGAGGAGGACGCCUCUCAAUUCGAGAGGCGAGCCUUGGCAGCAGUGGAUAUAUCUGUCGGCGCAGAUGGAGCCGUGGAGACAGCCAUAUGGCCAGGUGCUUCGUGAUCCUUGGGAUCAAGCCCUCUUGAAGGUUCUGGAGAACAGAGACAAGCAUGAGAAUCUGGGUCGCUCAAACUUCCAUUACGUCUCCUGCCAUAAGAGCUUCUUAUGCGGGUCGUGGCGCGUCACUGCGCCGGCGCUGUUACACUUUUCCAUCAACGCGACCGAAGCAAAGGAAUUCGAGGAAGAGGGGAAAUGGCCAUACCAUGAACCAGUCUCUGUGCGAGUAUUCGAGCUACCCUUACAAGAAUACAUAAUUCCCGGCAAAUUCCCUAGCUACUUUGAGCAGAUCCGGGCUCUCACUGCAAGCAAUUCAACCUUCUGGACGACUAGAGACACGUACUAUCACCUGGAACAGGUUCAGAGCCAAGCACUCCUAAUGUUGAAGCAACUUGAAAAGAAAUAUCCUCGAUCUUACGGUUUGCUUGUCAAAGCGGAAAGGAAAUGGACAGGCUUAUGGGAUAUGCAAGACACGAUGCUGAUCAGCGAUUCUUAUCUUAUUUCCUUUGCAGUCACGGCAAUUCCAACAUACUUGUUCAAGUACGCACAGGCACUCUUUGUGGGUAUGAAGAAGCCCGAGGCGGCUGAAACAGGGGAUAAGAGCAAGGAUCCUUUGGCGCAGGGCCUUGAGAAGUUUCUUGGUGCUCUAAGCGAUGAAGAUAAAGAAAAGUGUGGGAAGAAGUCGCGUGGUGGCAAAGUGCUGAGAAAGAUUAAAGCAGACCUCGAGAAGGAUAAUUGGAAUACCGCUGAGCAGAUUAUCAGAGAUCUCAAUGGUGCAUUAGGGCUAGAUAAAGACGGAAAGGUCCAGGGGCGGUGA